CUCCGCUUUGGCUCUGCAGUCGGCGGCAGCAACCCCGAGGAUCAACCGGACGCUCAGGCUGAGCCGCACAGCAUCUGAGCGAGUCUGUCUCGGAGCCUGCCCCGGCGCUCGCCUCCGAGAAACAGGGAGGCAGAAGGAGGAGAGGACAACCGUCUUGCUGACACCCCUUUCCCUUGUGCCCUCCAGGACGGACAGCAGGAGCAGGAGAAUGCAACGGGCUUCGGCUCUCCUGCUGCUGCUGGCUCUGGGCGCCUGCAGAGCGGAGCGCGAUUGCCGCGUGGACACCUUCCGAGUGAUGGAAAACUUCGACAAGGCCCGAUUCUCCGGAACCUGGUACGCACUGGCCAAGAAGGACCCUGAGGGGCUCUUCCUGCAGGACAACAUCGUCACCAAGUUCUCGGUGGAACCGGAGACUGGCAAGAUGAAAGCCACAGCCAGGGGCAGAGUUCGACUUCUCAAUGACUGGAACGUGUGCGCAGAUAUGGUGGGCACUUUCACGGAUACAGAGGACCCUGCCAAGUUCAAAAUGAAGUACUGGGGAAUGGCGUCCUUUCUCCAGAGAGGAAAUGAUGACCACUGGAUUGUGGAUACUGAUUAUGAUACCUACGCACUUCAGUACUCCUGCCGCCUCAAAAACCCUGAUGGUACCUGUGCUGACAGCUACUCUUUCGUAUUUUCUCGGGAUCCUAAUGGUUUACCCCUACGUGCUCAGAGAGUGAUUAGGCAAAAGCAAGAAGAGCUCUGCUUAGGGAAGCAGUACCGGAUGAUAGUUCAUGAUGGCUACUGCGGUUAAUAGAAACCCCAAGCAAUGGAAACUCAUUUUGUCACUACACCAUGAAUGUAGAGUUUCAUUUAAAAACCUCAGAAAGACCCUCAUACAACCUUCAGAUCUAUUUAUCUGAGUUGCCUAGUUUGUUUCUGAAAAAUAGAGAAAUCUUUACCAAACCUAAAUUUAUAAAGGAAUGCAUGCUAGCUGUAAUAAAAUGUACAUGUUUACUAUCAAUUUAUUUUUAAAAAUAUUGAAGAUAAAGAUUCCAAAAUGUUAUAAAAUGUAAUCCUCCA